CUGCGCACCGCUUCCUGGUUCGCCUUGCUUCCCAAUCGUCCCAGCGGCGUGUGCCCCUCACACCCUCGUCCAGCCAAGGCGGCGGCGCACAGCCAGGAGAAGCCGUCGAGCGGCGGCGCACCGCGCACCGCGCACGGAGCACCCCUCCCCCCCCUGUUACCGUCCCCUCCCGCUGCAGAAGGCGCCGGCGCACGGCGUCGUCCCAUCCCUAAUUCCGGCCCCCCCUCUGGUUCACUCCCCACGUUUGAAGUCAGCUUGGUUCUGACUCCAGGGAUCUCAACUAUCCUGUCCAGGAUCAAGACCAAACCCGUCAGCCAUCAUGCAGGCUAGCGACAGGUUCAACAUAAAUUCUCAACUUGAGCAUCUUCAAGCGAAAUAUGUGGGCACAGGGCAUGCUGACUUGAAUCGAUUUGAAUGGGCAGUAAACAUCCAAAGGGAUAGCUAUGCAUCCUAUAUUGGGCACUAUCCAAUGCUGGCAUAUUUUUCCAUUGCUGAGAAUGAAUCAAUUGGAAGAGAGCGUUACAAUUUUAUGCAGAAAAUGCUACUUCCGUGUGGUCUGCCUCCUGAGAGAGACGAAGAUUGAGGUGGCCUUCGGGUCUGGCGUUCAGUGUUACUGCAACUACUGGAACCUAGGGUUCAGUAUCAGUUUGAUAUCCAAAGCAAGAUCAAACUAAUCUUUGCCUAGCCACCUACUACUACUAUGUAAGACUCUGUCCAUCUUGAACAUCUGAAGCACUCUGUGUACCCUUUUCGAACAUGUUCAUCAGUAAUGUUCGGCGCAUGUGUGUAACGGAUCUUUUAGUUAAGGUGAAUGUUGAGGGACAAAAUGUUUCUGGAGCGAUCAUUCAUAUGUUUGCAUAAGCUCCUUGCCGCUGCAAAUAUGGCAUAUUAGAAAAAUAUCACUACUAUUUGCUAUAUCGGCUACGUGCCACUGAAAUUUGGGGAAAUUGGAACCAUGCCACUCC